AUGGACGACGAACCCCAAAUGAACUCGGGGACGGGAAUGAAGGCGACGCGCCGUCACAAUUCCGGUCAGAGCCUCCGCCGGCCUCGCCUAAUGCCUGCACACGAUGACGGCCUGCAAUUUCCGAACUGCCACUCCGCACUUCCUGAGACCACGCCAGAUUCGACAUUCGAAAUUAUCUCGCAUCCUCCUUCUAACUUGCGCGAGCUAUUAUACUCCUUAUAUGUAACGGGAAUGAGACUAGUUUCCAACGAUUCCCUGCACGCCGUUCAUUAA